GUACAUAGUUGCUUUGCCAUCACUAAUCCGCCUGAUUCCCAUUCCCCAGCUGCCCUAUCUGCCACAGGACUAGUGCCAGACACGCUGCCGCUGACAGGCGACGAUGACAACGUUUACGUUAUGAGGAGCCUCUGUGGAGAACUGGACAUAUAAACCCAGAAGUGAAGGGACUGCCCAUCAAUGGCCAACCCCACCCCUCAGCUUCAUGUCCUGUGAUAAAGAAGAGAGUGGACCAGAAAUACUGUAGUCAACUGCCAUGGAGGAAUCUCAGCCCAAACCUGCCACCCCAGAGCCGAGCCCUGUUCACACUCCAGCACCAAGUCCAGUACCCAGUCCGGUACCUAGCCCGAUGCUAGACAGGAUUGGUUUGCCCUCACCGAACCAUGUGGAGCACCUGAGUGUGAACCAGAUCCAGGUGGUCGUACGGCGCUGCUCCAGUCCAAAUGUCACAGAGGAGACCACAUAUUUUAUUCCUCGAAACCCUGUUGUGGAUGCUGGCACCAACACUGACCCCCCUGUGGUCUGCUGCCCCCUGCUUCAUAGAUUUUGCCCAUGUCCACCAAGAGGCCUUCUUGCCUCUCUCAUUACCAAAGGCCUUUUGGCAGCUGUCCUCUUUGGAGCAGUGUGGUCCAUCACAGAGAAAGAAUGUCUUCCAGGGGGCAACCUGUUUGGCAUCACAAUCCUCUUCAUCUGUGCACUCAUCGGUGGGAAAGUGGUGGCUCUCAUCCGUCUGCCAAAACUUCCUCCGUUCCCACCACUCCUGGGUAUGCUGCUGAUGGGUUUCACGCUGAGAAACAUCCCAAUCAUAACAGAUGGAGUGUACAUUGACCACAAAUGGUCUUCAUCACUGAGGAACAUCGCCCUGGCUGUUAUACUGACCAGAGCAGGUCUUGGGUUGGAUCCCACGGCUCUGAAGAAACUAAAAUCUGUGUGUUUACGAGUGGCAGCGGGACCCUGCAUCAUAGAGACAUGCACCACAGCGCUGGUCUCUCACUUCCUCAUGGGCCUGCCCUGGGUGUGGGGCUUCAUCCUUGGCUUCGUGCUGGGCGCUGUCUCUCCAGCAGUGGUGGUUCCUUCAAUGCUGCUGCUGCAGAAGGACGGUUAUGGCGUGGAGCAGGGCAUCCCCACCCUCCUGAUGGCAGCAGGAAGCUUUGAUGACAUUCUUGCCAUCACAGGGUUCACUACAUGCUUGGGGAUGGCCUUUGCAACAGGCUCCACUUGGUACAACCUCCUGAGAGGGGUACUGGAGGUGGCAGGGGGGAUGAUUGCUGGGAUUAUUCUUGGCUUCCUCAUUCAAUACUUUCCCAGUGUUGACCAGAAACAUUUAGUCAUGAAGCGCUCCUUCUUGGUACUGGGCCUGUCCGUCUUUGCUGUAUUUGGAAGCGGAGUGGCUGUUCCCGGCUCUGGAGGUCUCUGCACCCUGGUACUUGCAUUCCUGGCUGGCCUCGGCUGGGGAGGAGGAAAGGCCCGUGUGGAGGAAGUGGUGGGGUGGGCGUGGGAUGUUUUUCAGCCUCUUCUCUUUGGACUGAUAGGAGCAGAGAUCAGAGUCUCUGAGCUGGAAGGACACACAGUCGCUCUAGGUAUAGCCUCUCUACUCAUCGCCCUAGUGGUUCGACUCCUCUUCACUUUUGUGUGUGUGAUGUGUGCGGGCUUCAGCUUGAAGGAGAAAGUGUUCAUAGCUCUGGCGUGGAUGCCCAAAGCAACAGUGCAGGCAGCUAUAGGCUCCACCGCUUUAGACAUGGCCAGGGUGAGGAGUGACGUGCAGAUGCAGAAGUACGGCAUGGACGUACUGACUGUGGCUGUACUGGCCAUACUUCUCACAGCUCCUGUAGGAGCUCUUAUCAUAGGGCUCACUGGGCCCCGCCUGCUGCAAAAACCAAAGAACUCAUCCUGUGGAUCUGGAGCAGGAGCUGAAGAUGACAAUGAAACUCCUGUCACCUAUGAGAGUACUCUUUGACAUCACCUGUCUUCACACAGCAAGAAAAAACACUAUAAGAGACUUCUGGUGUGCUUUUAUACCUCAGACAGUUGAGUUUUUCUUUAGCCACCAAGUGGCUCUCUUUGUCUGUCUGUCUGUCUGUGAUCAGCUCCUGAUGUUUGCCAUGCUGCAGGGACACAAGAAUCUCUAUUUAUAGCCUUUAGGGGUUUUUCAGGCGGCAGGCUCUGAACAAAUGACUCACAUGGCACAGCUACACUGUCAAAUGAAUGUUUAAUCUGAUAAAAUGACUGUGUAGCAUGAAUGUAGUUUACUUUUUAAAAAGGUGAAAGUUGUUCCUACUUGUCAUUGUCAACGAGUCCUUUAUUUGGAUGACUAAAGUCUCUGUAAACAAUUUGCUGUGUCUGGACCUAAAGGUGGUAUUUUUGUAGCAACACUGUCCUGUUUUUAAUUAGGCUUCGAGGUUGACUAUUUUGCUAUGAGUUUUAGAUGUUUUGCACUAAGUACAACAUUUAACAGCUUUGUGUUCGUGUUUUUGUGUGCUAUGAUGAUUAAGUAUGAAUUAGCUGUGUCUUGGUUAUGAGACGGGUUUGUGAGGUUUUACAAAGACUCAGGAAAUUAUCUCAAUAAAACAAUACUUUUGUUAGCUUUAAACACAAUGCUGCUGAAACUCAAAUCAUGUACAUUUAUUGUCUGCUGUUAAUUUGAUGAGCAAUCAACAUGAAUCAGGUCCUCCUUUCAAACAUCCACUCAAACCCCACUUUUUAGAGUUUGAUUAUGAUGUAAAAUAGAGAUUUUAUGUUA